AUGUCAAAUGUUGGGGGGGAACACCCCGGGACGGUCCAACCCACGAUUCUUCCUUCGUCCGGGAGCAUCCUGGGACUGGAGAAUUCCACGACGAAUGCUGACAGUCUUGGCUACCGGAAAUCUCCCCCGUCUUUGCUUUUUAGGCGUCGUGGAUUGAGCACGUGCGGCCAUUCAGGUGCACAAUCAGCCUUCGAUUCCAUGUGGGACAAUGCAGACAAUGCUGCCAUUCCAGUCCAUUUUGAAAAUUCCCUCAACCCCUUGUCCAAGCCCAAAAGCGAAAUUUCUACUGAUACAGAACAAUGGUAA